AUGACUGAGGGGGGCACGGGGGCAGACGACCCCGAGAGGAACCCGGGGGGACCGGGGGGGCCACGAGGGGCAGCAGGGCCCCCCAGGGUGUUCAUCCUCUCCCUCGCUCCGGGCUCCGCCGCUCAGCUCAGCGGGCGACUCAGGCGUGGUGACCAGGUGCUGGAGGUGGCCGGCCGCAGUCUGUGCCGUGCCGGCCGUGGUCUGGCCGAGGCGUUUGCGCUGCUGAGCGAGCGAGAGCCAGGGCCCGUGACCCUACUCGUGAGCCGCCACCCCGACCCCACGGUGUCGGAGCGAGCCAUGCACGAAGCCAUCCUUCGUGCCGGUGCCAGUUCUGCGGCGCUGGGGGGUGAGGAGGAGCAACCGUCUCCCCGGACAACCGCUCCACUCCGCGGGGCCAUCCUCCUCCAUCCGCCUCUCCUUCGCCUCCUCCUCCCUCUCUCCCGGGCGCCGCCCGCGGCCCAGGGAGCCCCGGCGGCAGCAUGGGCAGCCAGCCCAGCUCGCUGCGCAAAGACGGCAAGGAGGGCCGGGAGGGCAAGGCCGUGGGAAAAACCAAAACCAAGAAGCGCAAGGAGAAGGCCGUCCCCCAGGCGAGCGCCGCGGACGACCGUCACCGCCGCUCGCUGGACGCGAAGCCCCCCGGCGGGGGGCCGGCGUGGUCGGGCGACGUCUCGGAGCGCCGCCACUCGGAGGUCGUCUCGGAGCGCCGGUUCGCGGAGGGCGGCGGGCGGCCGUCUCCGCGGGGGGGCGGCGGCGGCGGCGGCCCGGCCGGGCGCGGGCGCGGAGAGCGUGCGCAUCACGCGGCACGAGGACGAGAGCUUUGGCCUGGACGUGGAGGUGAAGUCGUCGCGGCCCGUGCGGGUCCUCGUCGUGAACCUCCACCUGGGGGGGGUGGCCGAGCGCGAGGUGGGCGGGCGGCUGCUGCCAGGAGACGAGAUCGUGGUGGCAAACGGCAUCGCCGUUGAGACGCUCUCGUACCAGGAGGCGCGGCAGCACCUGGCACACCUGGCGCACUCCACCACGCUGGUGCUGACCAAGCGCACGCCCAGCGCCACCACCACCGCCCCUCUGCGGCCCUCCAGCGCGCCAGGAGUUGGAGGCGUGCGGAGACCGGCGCCGCCCGUGCCGGUGGCCGCCGGCUCCACCGGCCGCAGCGCGGGAGACUCGCCGGACGCGGGACCGCGAGCGCACAAUGGCGCCAGCGCCGGCAGCGCCGGCAGCGCCGGCAGCGUGGGCAGCGUGGGCAGCGCGAGCAGCGCGAGCAGCGACCCAGCGUCGGAGCGCGCCGCCCCGCACGGUUCCUGGGCGCUGGCGCGCCGAUCUCCCGCCGGCACCACGACCACCGGCAGCAGCGGCAGGAGCAUCGGCAGCGACGGCGAAAGCGACGGCAACGACGUCGCCGCAGAGAGGGGUGCGUCACCUAGGAGAGGGGGAGCGGCGAGGCCGGUGGCGGCCGAGGGAGCGCCGCCGGGGGUGGCGCCGGUGCCCCCCGGGGGGAGCGGUGCCGGCGGCCGGCGGGGCUCGGGGUCUUCCGACCCGACCUCCGACUCGGAGGGGGAGUCGCUCGCGUCUGGACGAUCGGGACGGGAACGUUCGGAACGGGGAGAGGAGGAGGAACGGGGACGCGGCGUGAGGGGGGAAAGCCCGAAGGGCGCGCACGUGGGCCCGGCUCGACCACGGCGAGAGAGGGAACGCCGGGAAGAGGAAAGCUCAAACAGCGAAGAGGAACGUUUGGAAGAGGAAUGCGUGGAGAGGGAAUGUUUAACGUUGGAACGUUUAGAAAAGGAGCGUUUGCAGCGGGAAAGCUUGAAAGAGGAACAGAAGCGUUUGGAAGGGGAACAUUUGGAGAGGGAUGAGGAGGAACAGGGGCGCGUGGGGAGCGGGGAAUGCCCAGAGGGUACGCAAGUGGGCCCGGCUCAUCCACAACGAGAGAGGGAACACCGGGAAGAGGAGAGCUCGGACAGUGAAGAGGAAUGCGUGGAGAGGGAAUGUUUAACGUGGGAACGUUUAGAAAAGGAGCGUUUACAGAGGGAAAGCUUGAAAGAGGAACAGAAGCGUUUGGAAAGGGAACGUUUGGAGAGGGAUCAUUUGGAGAGGGACCGUUUGCAGAGGGAACGUUUGGAACAAGAGCGCUUGAAUAAAGAGGAGGAACGUUUGAACCAAGAACGCAUGGAACAAGAACGUUUGGAGAGGGAACGCUUAGAAGAGGAACAAGAACGUUUGGAAUGGGAGCGCUUAGAAGAGGAACGUUUGGAGCAGGAACGCUUCGAGGAAGAGGCACGUUUGGAGAGGGAACGCUUUGAAGAACAACGUUUGAUCAGAGAACAUUUGGACAAGGAACGUUUGAAACAAGAACGUUUGGAGAGGGAACGCUUCGAGGAAGAGGAACGUGUGGAGAGGGAGUGCUUGGAAUUGGAACGUUUGGAGAAGGAACGCUUCGAGGAAGAGGAACGUGUGGAGAGGGAGCGUUUGGAAUGGGAACGCUUAGAGGAAGAGGAACGUGUGGAGAUGGAGUGUUUAGAGGAAGAGGAACGUGUGGAGAGGGAACGUGUGGAGAGGGAACGCUUAGAGGAAGAGGAGCGUGUGGAGAGGGAACGCUUAGAGGAAGAGGAACGUGUGGAGAGGGAACGCUUAGAGGAAGAGGAACGUGUGGAGAGGGAACGCUUAGAGGAAGAGGAACGUGUGGAGAGGGAACGCUUAGAGGAAGAGGAACGUGUGGAGAGGGAGCGUUUAGAGGAAGAGGAACGUGUGGAGAGGGAGCGUUUAGAGGAAGAGGAACGUGUGGAGAGGGAGCGUGUGGAGAGGGAACGUGUCGAGAGGGAACGUUUAGAGGAAGAGGAACGUUUGGAGCUGGAACGCUUAUUAAAAGGGAGGGAUCGCAGCUCGGGGUCUGAUUUCAGUUGCAGGGAGGCUGGACCGAGAUCUUCAAAAUCCGAACCGGACGAGUUCAGCGACUCAGACUCGGAUUCGGACCACGGGCGCCCGCCGGUGGGCCCAGCAGCCCCCGGGCAGCCGGGACCGCGGGAUGGGCCGGCGGUAGCGGCCAUGUAUGCCAACGCCGUGGACAGCACCGAGAGCAGCGACGACGGCGACGACGACGGCGACGACGGCGACGAUGACGAGCUGGAGCUUUGCUGCCCUGUGGCGGCGCCCGUGUCGGGGUCGAGCGCGGCCGCUGGGCCCGGCUCUCCCCCGACACCCGCACGGCUCCACCUAAUGCUCUCACCCCGCCUCUCCUCCUCCUCCUCCACCUCCUCCACCUCGUCGUCGCUGGCUUCGUUAUCGCCGGUCACGGCGGUCCGGGGUGCUCCGUCAUCACCGCUGCCGCCGGUGGAGGGUAACUCAUUAACCGGGAUGGGCGGGGGGGGCCCGGCAGUGACGCCCCAGGGUCAGAGUCUCCCCGAACGAGAGACUCUGUCGUCGCUUAGCGGAGGCGGCGGGCGCACGGUCGCUGCGGCGGUGACGGCGGCGGCGACGGCGGCGGCGACGGCGGCGGCGGCGAACGUUCGAGCGCCAGAAGCGAGCGGCGGCAGUGGCACCGCGGCACGGGCCAAGGCGGACGGACUCGAGAUGUCCAAGCUGAAAGGCCUCGCCAUCAGGAGGGGUCCGGGCGCGGGACCCACGGUGGCCCCCAGGGCCCCGGCGCCAUCUCUGCCGGGCCCCGUCACGUCCCUGCAGCUGCUGUCGCGACGGCUGCCGUCCCCGCUCUCCAUGGCUUCCGACGAGGACGAUGACGGCCGCGGGAAACCACCUGAGCUCGCGGGGAGCGGCGGCAGCGAGGAGGCGGCGUCGCCCCGAGACAAAUCCGACGAAAUCCCGGAAGGAACCGGGCAUGGGAGAGGUAGCCCCGUGCCAGUGGAGGAUGCGGAUGGGGCCUGGGUAUCCGGCGACGAAGGGGGGUCCCUGGAGGAGGGGCGGCGCGGGGAGGAGCACGACCCUCACCGGCCGCCAAACGACGUCUGCGCCGCGGAGCUGAUGAGCGGCGACGCGGCGACGCCGAUGCCCGGCGUCGACUCGCCGAGCGGUGGAGGGGCUAGGAGCCUCCCGCCCAGCCCCCCGCCAAGCCCCCCGCCCAGCCCCCCGCCCAGCCCACCUCCGAGCCCCCCUCUGCAGCGGCGCGAGUCCAACGGCUACUCCGAUACGUCGGCAUCUCCGCCCAACGGCCGGGCGUCCCCCGCAGGGGAGGUCGAGCCGGAAUCGCGGAGCCCCCCGCUCCUCCCACACAGCCCCCCACACAGCCCCCCGCUCCUCCCACACAGCCCCCCGCUCCUCCCACACAGCCUCUCUCGGGGCCUCCACGCAAGCCCCCCUCAGGGCUCGCCCCCUCGCAGCCUCUCGCCGUUCACUGACCAGGAUCUCGUCGCCGUGACGUCGACGCGGCCGCAGGAGCGUUGGGAACGCGAUGGCGCCGUGGCCCCCCGGGGCCCACCCACCCCCUCGUCACUUCCGUCGUUACCGCGGUCACCGGGCCAACGCGGGGCUUCCUCGGGGAGUGACUCGUCCGGGGAGCAGGAGGUGCGGGUCCAGGAGAAGAAGCCACGGGCUUCCUCCCCUUCCAAAGAGGCGUCCGCUCCGGACGCAGUCAUCCAUGACGCGAGGCCCAGAGCCGGUGGCAGCCACGGCGACGACGACGACGAUGAAGUGGACUGGAGGCAGCGUGGGGCGAGGCCAGCCGGAGGGGGAGAUGCCCCCCGCUUUGGCGGCCCCCCGGGGACGGCCUGGACGGCGUUGGACGCCGCCGUCGGCUCCGCGGAGCCAGCGGCUCCGAGCUUCUCGUCGCUCGACCGGGACGACCCCGCACCAAGCGAGCGGCCCCCGGUGCUCCCUCGGCGCCGACCUCCGCUGCCCGCGGCGCUGACCCCGAGCGCUGCGGCCGAUCUCCCCGAGACGCGGGGCGAGGGCGCGGACCCGGACUCCGAGUCGGAGGAAGCCGCCUACCGCCCACGGCGCCGUGACUCGCUCGACGAGCUGGAUGGCAGUGGCGGGAGCGCGGCGGGCGACUCUGUGGACUUCGGGCGUGGGCCCACCAGCCCGGCGUGCUCCCUCGAUGAGGCACGGGCCGCGGCGUGGCCGGCGCCGGUCGCUCGCCCGCACGCCGUUGCCGGCACCGGCCCUGCCGAGUCGGGCCGCAAGGACGGCCGAGAGUCGGAGGCCAAAAUUGGAAACUACAUCUUCCGAAGGAGGCGGCCGUGCGGGGCGGUGAUGGCGACGGCCGCGCGGGGCGGGAAGCAGGAGGUGGGAGUUGGUGGCGGUGGCCGUGGCGGGGAGAGAAGGGGUUUCACUGGGAGCCCCGGGUUCGACCACGGCGCCGCCACACGGGCCAAGAGCCUGCCCAGCUUACUGGACGGCGCCGACACCGGCCGGAGGCCCGCGCCGGAGACCGCCGUCCCGCAGAGACCCGCGGCGGAACCCAGCAGCCUGGGCGACGGCAGGCGGGAGAGCUGGCGGUGGAGCGUGGCGGAAGGGGCCCUGACGCGGAGCUCUACCGUGGGACCCAGCAGGAACUGGCGGUGGAGCGGGGCGUACGACGUGGGGCGGAGCAGCGGCGCCGAGGUGGAACCGAGCUGGUCCGUGAGUCUGCUGGAGCUGGAGAGUUGUGCGCCACACGAGGGGCGCCGGGCACUCGUGACGUCGCUCGUUCCGUGGGACCACGUGCAGCAGCUGAUAGCGCAGGCAGAGGAGUGCGGAGCCACUCAGGUGUUGACCGACACGAGGGUCGUGGUUCUGCACAAGGAGGAGGGUGCGGGGCUGGGCUUCAGCAUCGCCGGGGGCCACGACAUGGAGACCAAACUGAUCACUGUCCACCGCGUGUUCUCCGAGGGUGUGUCUGCGCGGGAGGGCUCCAUCCGACGGGGGGACCAGCUGGUGAGCGUGGGGGGCCGCGCCCUGGCCGGCGCUUCGCACGGCGACGCGCUGGCGCUGCUGCACGCGGCGCGGCUGCCUCCCUCCGUGGUGGUGAUCGUGCGCCGGACCCCGCUCUCGUCGCCGCUGCUUCCGCCGACGGCAUCGCCAACGGGAGCGCCGGGAUUCAGGCCUGGAGGCCGCAGCGCCGCCGCCGUUGCCGGCGCCAUCACGGCGGCACUGUCCGCUGCCCCCCCGGACCCCCAGGGCCGCGUCUUCACCGUGACCGUAGAGACCGCGACCUCGGGCCUGGGCCUCAGCUUGCAGGGUGGCCGUGGCUCCGUGCUCGGGGACCGGCCGAUCACCAUCAAGAAAGUCUUCCACGGCGGCGCGGCGGAGACGAGUGGCAAGGUGCACGAGGGCGACGAGGUGCUGCAGUUCUGCAAGAGGGACCUGCGAGGGAUGACGAAGUUCGACGCCUGGAACCUCGUCAAGUCGGCGCCUCCGGGGCCCGUGACGCUCACGCUGCGGAGAGGGAGCAGGGGGGGCGCGGCUGGGCCUUGAGACGGAGCAGCUCGCGCUCCACACCACAUUCCGUGCUGAACCACACCGCACCACGCACCUUACACACCCUACCACAUCACUCUGAACCACACCAAAUCCACACUAAACCACACUGCUCCACGCCGCACAAAACCACACCGUGCCACACC